GCCCCGCAGGCACCCAGCUCCGGGCCAGUGGGGCGCGAACUUGCAACCCAGGUACCUCGAGCCCUCGACGUGGAAUCGAACCCGCGACCUUUUCCGUGCGCAGGCCGGUGCUCUAACCACCGAGCUACACCGGCCACGCUCUAACCACUGUCCCUGCAGCCUGGAACCCCCCCAGGGGACCCUCAGAGCCUGGAAGGAAAUGAGUUGCCCGGAGGGGCACCCCAGCCUGGGGCUCCUGGACCAGUACUCCCAGGGGUUCAUGGUUUCCCAGGUUCUCUUUGCCGCGUGCGAGCUGGGAGUGUUUGACGUCCUCGCUGAGGCCCCGGGGCCGCUGGGAUCGGAAGCAGUGGCCGCCCGUCUGGGCACCAGCUCCCGGGGGAUGGAGCUGCUGUUGGACACCUGUGUGUCCCUCAAGCUCCUUUGGGUGGAAACGAGGGGAGGAAAAGCUUUGUAUGACAACACAGAGCUCUCCAGCACCUACCUGGUCAGGUCCAGUCCCAGGUCCCAGCACCACAUGAUGCUCUACUUGGCCAGGACGACCUACCUGUGCUGGGCGCACCUGGCCCAGGCCGUGAGAGAAGGGAAGAACCAGUAUCUGAAGGCGUUUGGGGUUCCCUCAGAGCAGCUCUUUACCGCCAUCUACAGGUCCGAGGGGGAGCGGCUGCUGUUCAUGCGAGCCCUGCAGGACGUCUGGAGUGUCCAGGGGAGCCGUGUGCUGGCUGCCUUUGACCUGUCACCAUUCCCGCUCGUCUGUGACCUCGGGGGUGAGCGUCUCCUGGACCCUCAGGGGACCUUGGGGGCUGCUCGGACCGUCCUCUCUGCCCGCCACCCUCUGUGUCCACUCCCAGGCUGCUCUGGGGCUCUGGCCAAGGCGUGUGUUUCUCUGUACCCGGGGUGUCGGGUCACCGUAUUCGACCUCCCAUCCGUGGUGCAGACGGCAAAGGAUCACUUCCUGUCCCCCGAGAAAGGACGAAUCGGCUUCCAGGAAGGCGAUUUCUUUAAGGACCCCCUCCCGGAGGCCGAUCUCUACAUCCUGGCCCGGGUCCUACAUGACUGGCCCGAUGAGAGAUGCUCUCACCUGCUGGCGAGAAUCCAUGAGGCCUGCAAGCCCGGUGGUGGGGUCCUGGUCGUCGAGAGCCUCCUGGACCCCGACGGGCGGGGACCUCUGACCACACAGCUGUACUCGCUGAACAUGCUGGUGCAGACGGACGGCCGGGAGCGGACCCCCGCCCAGUACCGGGCUCUCCUGGCUGUGGCCGGCUUCAGGGACGUGCAGUGCAAGAGGACCUCGGGCACGUACGGCGCCAUCCUGGCCAGGAAGUAGCGCCCCCUACGGGUGUGCUGCUGCUAUUGACACGCAAAAGUAGUCACCGGCGUGUCUCAGGGGUUGGUUGAGUGUUGACCUAGGAAUCAGGAGGUCAGGGUUCGAUUCCCGGUCAAGGGCACAUGCCCGGGUUGUGGGCUCCAUCCCCAGCAGGGGGCGUGCAGGAGGCGGCCGGUCCAUGAUUCUCUCUCAUUGUUGAUGUUUCUCUC